AUGGACACCGGUGUCAUUGAAGGUGGUUUAAAUGUCACGCUCACCAUCCGACUACUCAUGCACGGAAAGGAGGUGGGAAGCAUCAUUGGGAAGAAAGGGGAGUCGGUGAAGAAGAUGCGUGAGGAGAGCGGUGCUCGCAUUAACAUCUCAGAAGGGAACUGCCCCGAACGGAUCAUCACCCUCGCUGGACCCACCAAUGCCAUUUUCAAAGCUUUUGCGAUGAUCAUUGACAAACUGGAAGAGGACAUCAGCAGCUCCAUGACCAACAGUACAGCUGCCAGCCGGCCCCCGGUCACCCUCCGGCUGGUGGUACCGCAUAGCAGAGCCGUGGCAUUGCUUGGCUUUUUUAGAGCUCCUUGUAUUUUUAGUAGCACGGGGGCACAGGUCCAGGUGGCAGGAGACAUGCUGCCCAACUCGACCGAGCGAGCCAUCACCAUCGCUGGGAUCCCACAGUCCAUCAUCGAGUGCGUCAAACAGAUCUGCGUCGUCAUGCUUGAGUCUCCCCCGAAGGGCGUCACCAUCCCGUACCGACCCAAGCCAUCCAGCUCUCCCGUCAUCUUUGCAGGCGGUCAG